AUGCCCGCAUCUGUUUCGACUACCGCAUUUCAUAGGAAAAAGGCAGGAACCAUCUCCAUAAUCGAGGAUGUGGAGCCUCCUAUGGUUGUUUGGAAGUGUAUUGAUUCAUCUGUUAGCCAUCCUUUAGUGGAAAUUCCUCUAGACAAUAUAGUCAAUCUACAGGCUACACCAGCAAGCAGCGACAAAAUGAUGUUGAAAAUCGGCUUGAAGGCUGGAACCUUGAAGAAGGAUAUUGAUAAUAGUGCUCCUGCUAGAAAUAAGAACAAUACAUUGUUCACCUUUAAGACCCGAGCCAAUAUGGAUGAAGUUAAAUUAGCAUUACAACAGAUCAUCGCACGUAAAAAGUCCGCCAAGCAGAUCAACGAAAGCAGUCGUCCUACCACCCCUUUUACCGGUGAUGAGUCUACACCUGCACACUCGAAGGAAUCUACUCCGUCUUCCAGUAGCAUUCCAUUAAUCUCUAGAGAUAAUUUGGGUAACGAUGAAUUGUUGGCAAAUCUAUUGGAUUCCAAGAAUUUACUGAAGAACCUCACGUUACAGCAGAAACUUCUUCGAGAGAAUCCUGAAUUGAUGAAGACUUUUACGGAUGCAGUGAUAAAAAGUGGCUUGGAUCCCGAAGAGUUUUGGUCAACGAGGGUUCAUCUUUUAAGAUCGUUUGCCAUUCAACAUAAUCAGAAACGAGGACCUUACAAUGUCCUUAGUACGAUCAAACCGGUGGCUUCCAGUGACAAUGAGGUGAAUGUCAGUGUUACCAGGGAAAAAAUCCAUGAAAUCUUCAAGCAGUAUCCGAUAGUUAGAAAGGCUUAUGAUGAUAAUGUUCCCAAAAUUAGUGAAGGUGAAUUUUGGUCGAGGUUUUUCUCUUCCAAGUUAUUCAGAAAACUUAGAGGUGAGAAGGUUAAUCUAUACGAUAGAGGUGAUAUUACUUUGGACAAGUACUUAUACUAUGAUCCUGAUUAUGAUGGGGAAGAGGAAGACGAGGACGUCGACAAAUUGUUAGAGGACCAAGAAGCUAAAGAAUCAUUGGAUAAAAACAACAAGAAACGAGGAAAAUCACAGGUUGAUCAAAUAACAGCCUCCAAGAAGAAAGUGAAAUUGUUCAGAGGAGAAGAUGAAAAGGUUUCCAAGUGUAUCGACAUUCUUGGUAACGAAGAGGAUGACCCUCAAUUGAAGGGUAAUACACCGGAUGUGACGAUGAAAAGUAAUCAGGAUCCAGAUCUUGUUAAUGUUCUCAGAACAAUGAACAGAUUAAGUAGGAGAAUGAUGUCAAACAUUAAAGAGGACAAACCUAAUGCUGACUUGGACAACGAAUUUAAAGAUGAGCUAGAGAUCAAAGAUCUCGAUGAUAAAGAAAAAGUGGAAUAUAACGAGUUGACGUAUACACAGAGAUCAAAUAUCUCUUCCAGUAUUGUUCCAUCUGAGCUUAUAAAACAGGCAAUGACUCAAUCCGACUUGAAUCCGGCAUUGAAUGAUUAUGACCAGUUCAUCUCCUUAUUCAAGGAAAAGUUUCAUGAUGAAGAGAAGUUGGACUUAACAUCUGUUUACUACCAGAUUAAGAAGUCUAUAUACGACUCCUAUAAAGAUGUGACGAGUAUUGUGAGGAAAAAUGCAAAGCAGUCAAGCCAGUCGUGGAGUAAGAAAAGCAUUGAUGUCCUUUCUAGCAAUGAUAUAAAAGAUGCGAAAAGUGACAUGCCAAAGAAUCGGUUGGAAAGCUUAAGGCUAACGCAGUCGACAUCCAUUGAAUUUCUUCGGCAUUUCUGGCUACACUUCAAUUCGAUAUCUACCUCUUCCAUGUCUACAAAUCCAAACUUUAAGACGGAGCUGAUUCAGCUCAGGAAAUGUUACUUUAGUCUCGAGAAGUGCUUGGAAAGGGUUAGCGCUAACUUGAGCAACUCCGAGGGCGAAGAAAGGAUUUCCGAGGAAAGAGUUCUGAAACAGCUUAUAGAGUCCUUGAAACAAGCCAUGAAACGCUACGACGAUGCCAUCAUAGACCCAAAACACUGA